AUGAAAUGGUUCUUAGCUGCCGGCAUUCUAUCCAUACUUGCCGCAAUAAUUCUCGAUGUUUUCAAUAAAUUCAAAUCAAGUCGGUGCCAUAGUACAAUAUGCUUGGUGGGAAAAACAGUUAUAGUUACGGGAGCAAAUACAGGAAUAGGUUACGAAACAGCUUUGGAUUUUGCCCGAAGAGGAGCACGAGUGAUUCUAGCAUGUAGAGACGAACAAAAAGCUGAAGUCGCAAGAGAAAAAAUCAUUCAGGCAACACAAAACCAAAAUGUAGUAGUACGAUUGAUCGAUUUCGCAUCGUUGGAAUCAGUGAGAGAAUUUGCGAAAGAGACGAUAAAAACCGAGAAACGUCUGGAUAUUUUGGUCAAUAAUGCUGGUGUUGGUGACCUACCAAAUGUAUUAACUGAAGAUGGGUUACAGAUAUUGAUGCAAGUCAAUUAUUUCGGUCCAGUUCUAUUAACUCUGCUGCUCUUAGAUUUACUGAAAAAGACCCGUCCAAGCCGAAUAGUUAAUGUUUCGUCACUAGCAGCUAAAUGGGCGAGACUGGAACCAGAACAUUUGAACCAUUGGUCUAAAUUACUGAUCUACAGCAAUAGCAAAUUGGGUAAUUUGUUGUUCACCAUCAAAUUAGCAUCUGUUUUGAGGAAUUCCGGGGUCAGUGUUUUCUCAGUGCACCCAGGAAUUGUGAAAACUGAAAUCAUGAGAACGUUGCCACGUCUCGUUAGAAAAGUGAUCGACUUUUUCGCAGGUAUAUUCAUGAAGGUAAGAUAUCUUGGUAUGCUAUUCCAUAAGGAAACAUAUUUUUUACGUCGA